AUGAAAGUGGAAGAUUUGAUCAUUAAUAAUACUUGGAAUAUACCAGAAGAAAUGCUCAAAUUUUUUUCAGCUGGUGAUCUACCAUUACUAUCUACAGAAUCUGACAAGCUAAUAUGGACUGCAACUCAAGAUGGCUCCUUUUCAGUGCAAAGUGCAAUAAAUAUAGUCAGGCAAAAACAUCCAAAACUGAGAUGGUGUAAAAAAAUAUGGAAAGCAUGUGUGCAUUCUUCAACAACUGCAAAUGUAUGGAAAAUUACCAGAGGUGCCUGCACAACUGAUGAGAAUGUGAAGAAAAGAGGUAUGAAUAUUGCUUCUAGAUACUAUCUAUGCUUAAAAGACCAAGAUACCAUUUCUCACUUGUUGUGGGCUUGUGAUUAUGGGAAAAUUAUUUGGAAUUGCAUAGGGGGAGUCUUUGCUUUUAAAAAUCCUAAAUCAUUUGAUGAUAUCAUGUCUUCUUGCAAAGACAAAAGUUCAGUGAUACAGGAAUUGUGGCAUAUUGCCGCUUUUAACAUAUUGGUGGAUAUCUGGUUCAUCAGGAAUAAGUUGUUUUUUGAAGAUAUAUACCUUAAUAGUAGAAAAGAAAAAUAA